CGGACUUUUUUGGGGGAAAAACCAACUCGAUAGCUUCAUUAGCUACACGGAUUAACUGCGGCGUUAGUAUACGAUAGUGCUGCUACAUUUCCAUUUGAGUCACAUCGACGACGGAAGGGUGCUUACCCCAUUUAUUUUUUUGGAGAGCCUGGUACUCGGCUGUGUUUCCCUGCUCGGAGCUUCGGCUGUGCUCGGGCAGCUUCGCCGGACCAUCGGAAUAUAACAACAUUAAACACUAAACUCACUAUUUUGACACUAGUAGGGUUUGGGGAUGUGUAUUUAAAUGUCUUUUUUAACGCUUUAAAGGCAGCAACAAAGCGCUUCGCCAAGGAGAAGUUUUGAUCAGGAGGACCGGAGUGGAGGACCGGUGUGCGCUUGAUUUCCAGUCCGAUGGAUGUGAGCCCUAACCCGGCUGUGCCUCGGCUCUCUGCACCGCUGCUCUGGAACAACAACACGGAGGAUCACGUCUAAUCAUAACAAUGCCAAUGCUGCAGACCUGGACAAUAAUACAUGGUGAUGGUGGCAGCCUGGGCUUGAAUGCCAACAAGUCGCCCUCCAUUGCUUGUGUGUAAACCUGGAAAUACCACCUCCUCCUCUUCCUCCUCUUCCUCUUCUUUUUUUUUGCAUUACCUGGGAUAUUUUGGAUUUAAGCUCUAUCUGGACAUUUUUUCUUCUUUUUUUGUAAAAAGAUGUCCUGUUUGCAGAGACAGUGCUCUCUAGAGCUACAAGACAUUUAAUUUGUCUAUAUAUAUAUUUUUCCUUCUCUUUUCUUUUUUAGUUUUUUUUUAAAUUCUCUUUCUAAUCAAGAGGAUCAGAUUCGGAUGGAAAAUGGGAGACGCCACCAAACUGGCCUUCGCCGUUUUCCUCAUCUCCUGCUCUUCAGGUGCUAUCCUGGGUCGCUCGGAGACUCAGGAGUGUGUCUACUACAACUCCAGCUGGGAGAAGGAGCGCACCAACCGCAGCGGCAUCGAGCCGUGCUACGGCGAGAAAGACAAGAGGCGGCACUGCUUCGCCACGUGGAAGAACGUCUCCGGCAGCGUGGAGGUGGUGAAGCAAGGCUGCUGGUUAGACGACGUCAACUGCUACGACAGAAAAUGUAAUGACUCUAAAAUAUCCUCCCUCUCUCUUUCUUCUUCUUCUUCUCCUCUUCAGGGCUCGCUGACAGACUACCUGAAGGCCAACGUUGUAUCGUGGAACGAGCUUUGCCACAUCACCCAGACGGCGGCCCGCGGCCUCGCCUACCUCCACGAGGAUAUACCGGGACACAAAGACGGGCACAAACCCUCCGUCGCUCACCGGGACAUUAAGAGUAAGAAUGUGCUGUUGAAGACGAAUCUGACGGCUUGUAUAGCUGACUUUGGCCUCGCUUUGAAGUUUGAGGCGGGAAAAUCAGCAGGAGACACACACGGACAGGUGGGAACACGACGUUACAUGGCUCCCGAAGUCCUGGAGGGCGCCAUCAACUUCCAGCGAGACUCCUUCCUGCGUAUCGACAUGUACGCCUUCGGACUCGUCCUCUGGGAGCUCGCAGCGAGAUGCACCGCUGCCGACGGCCCAGUCGAUGAGUACAUGCUCCCGUUCGAGGAGGAGGUGGGUCAGCAUCCGUCUCUGGAGGACAUGCAGGAAGUCGUCGUGCAUAAGAAGCUGCGGCCCUGCCUGAGGGACUGCUGGCAGAAACACGCGGGUUUGGCCAUGCUCUGCGAAACCAUCGAGGACUGCUGGGACCACGAGGCCGAGGCUCGCCUGUCCGCCGGCUGCGUCGAGGAGCGCAUCGGCCAAAUGCAGCGCCAGGCUCCCAUCAUCGGCCCCGAGGAGAUCGUCACCGUCGUCACCAUGGUAACCAACGUGGACCUCCCGCCCAAGGAGUCCAGCUUAUGAUCGACCGGCCGAUCAACCGACACCGGAUGAGCUUGUGGAAACCGCAAUUGGAUCAACACGAGGGGGACGAACGGCCGACCCUGGUUGGUCGGCAUAGUGGGCUUUUUUUUUUCCUUCUUCUUCUUCUUCUUUUACGUUUUCCGGGUUUUUUUUUUUUGUCUUGAUUUUUUUUUUUUUCUUCCUUUUUUUUUUGUUUUUUUUCUUUUUAAGUGCGGGCCGCUACUCGCGUUCAGGAAACAACCCCCUGCUGCGCUCAACCACCACCUCACCACCACAUCAGUU